AUGAUAGCUGAUUACAAUGUUCUUGAAUUACCUUUAAAUAAAUGUAAAACCAACAAUAAUUACGACUCUGAUGACAGCGAGGAUGAAUUUGUUGAUGCCGAUGAAACUUUAGUCCAUCCGAUGGAUGCAUUGAUUGGUAUUUUUUAUUGUUCCGAUAUUUCUUUACGACGAUAUAUUGCUGUAAAAUUGUCUGAAUGUCAACUUAGCGUUCCGUUUCUUCUGCCCGAUCCUGGAGCUCCUUCCGAAAAGGUCACGAUUUUGCUCUCAGCUCUAGAGAAUAUCACAAAGUCUUGGAGUAGUGGUUUAGAUGACAACAAGAACGUACGACAUGUAUUUGCGACAGAACAUCAAUUUCCUGUGGUUUCUUUCAUCCGUAUUGACCAAACUACCAUGUCAAAAUCCUCCUUGAUUAACAAAAUAAUGAGCGAUGGAAGCACAGACCAUAGAUUUUUCUUCCACAAAGAUAUGAAAGGUGGCAAUAUUGAAAGAAAAGUUGUCGAUGGUUUGGUCGAAUUGAGCUGGUAUCUUCCUGGUGAGAAUCGUGAACAAAUACUACAACAAGAAAUUUGUUUUGCAAAUCUCCGGGGUGACGCUGGAAAUUUCAAGAUCCAGCUUAAUGUAAUAUUGAAGAUUUCGUCCGUUGUAUGUGUAGUCCUACCCUCGGAGUGUCCUGUUGAAAAUUUGACGGAUAUUAUUGAAAAGGCUACCUUUAGCGGAGCAAAACCUGUUGUCAUCUUUUGCGAAAAGGCACAUGCGAAUGAAAAAUCACAUACAAAUGAAGAAGCACAUAAAAAAUACUUAAAAGGAUUAAAAAAAAAAUACGGUAAAAUGGUUUCCUUCAUAACGAAAGCCAAAAAACCCAAUGAAUAUGAUUUUCUUCAAACUAUUCGAAAUAGCAUUCAAAAGAAUAUAAACAAUGUGACGGCGAAGCCUCUGGUCGAUUUUGCAUCUUGGACAAGCGAAUCUGGGAUUCAACAUGAUGACAAUCAAGAAAACACACUGUUUUCAAAAGCUGCAGACGACUGGUUGAAAAUGAAGAUCGAAGAUGCUAAAAACCUUCUUAGUUUGCAAAAGAACGUACCUGAAUUCGCAAAAUUGGAACGUGAGUUACAUCGUCAAAAACACCGUGACGGCAAAUCUGUUGAAGAAUAUCAAAACGAAAUACAGGAAAGAAUCGGGGAAAACGAGUUAGCUCGAAAAGAAUCUUUCAAACAUCUAGAUGAAAAGAUUAUUUAUUGUUUCAAAUCUUUGGCAAAUAUGAAUGAAACGGAGCGAAAUCAAGCCUUGAAUAAAUUAAAACAUCGAUUGGAUAAGAUGUCUUUGGAGGUCAUUACAAAAUUGCACCAAGAAUAUUGCUCUCUCUCACUUGACCUUCAACGGAAGAACACACGAAAAGACGAAGGAUUGGAAACAGUAAACACACAAGUUCCUGAAGAGAAACGUUUAAAAGAAUUGAAGGAAUCGAUCUCAAAACACUCGUUUGGUUUAGAACACAUCAUUAGAGAACUUGCUCAGCUUUACGAGAUUGAAGAAAGCGAAUACGACUAUGCAGGUGCUGCAGCAGACAUGUUGCUUUCAGGACAACCUCUUGAGAUACUGGAUGGCGAUUCAUUUUACAUUCAACCGCGAUGGUUUGAAGCUGUGUUUACUAAACUAGAGCAGAAAACAAAAAAUGCAAAAAUAUUUGUAAUUUCCGUUGUAGGAAUCCAAAGUUCAGGUAAGUCAACAAUGUUAAACACAAUGUUUGGUUUGGAAUUUCCAGUCAGUGCUGGAAGAUGUACUCGUGGCGUUUUUGCUAGUCUUCUUCCUGUCAGUGAUUCCCUUAAGUCAGCUUCAAAGUUUGAUUAUGUUUUGAUCAUUGAUACUGAAGGUCUAAGAGGAUCAGCAGAUCCUCAGUUACGAGUACAUGAUAAUGAGUUGGCAACCUUUGCAAUUGGCGUUGCAGAUUUAACUAUUGUGAAUAUCUUUGGUGAGAAUCACAAUACGAUGAAAGAUUUCUUGGAAAUAGCUGUACAUGCUUUCUUGAAAAUGAAGCUUGUAGAGGAAAAAAAGAAAAAGUCUUGCAAAUUUGUCCACCAAAAUGUCACAGCCACUAAUGCAACAGAGAAAUUGGUUGACAACCGUUUUAACCUCAGACAAGGUCUGGAUGAAAUGACGAAACUUGCUGCAAUUCAAGAAAAAUGUGAUGACAAAUACAACAAAUUUAAUGAUAUCAUUUCAUUCAAUGAAAACGAAGACGUGUUCUAUUUACCCUCCCUUCUGAAAGGAAAUCCGCCAAUGGCUCCAGUGAACCCUAAAUACGGAGAAGCGGUUCAAAAAAUAAAGAAAGAAGUAAUUGCCGUGAUGUGUUCAAAGCGAAGCGCUUAUCAUACUGUAUCUCAAUUUCGAAAGAGAGUCAUCAACCUUUGGAAAGCUAUUCUAAAGGAAGAUUUCAUAUUUAGUCUCCGUAAUACGAUCGAAGUUAGAGCUCGCAUGUCUUUAGAUCGAAAAUAUUUCGAGAAAUCCGUGGCUAUUAUGGUAGCAGGAAUGGCCGAGUUUGAAAGAAGAAUUAUAGUUGCUCUAGAAAGAUGUUUAACAGCAGAUGAGCGUGAAAAGCGAUGGGCAGACAGUAGAACGAAAAUAGAUGAAGAAGCUGAAGAUCUUGCAGGGAAAAUGGCGCAAGAAAUGAACGACUUCUUCGAAACGGAUGAAGAUAAGACAACUGUUGAACAGUGGAAAGAACACACAUUGACUAAAAUUAAAGAAGAGAAAGAAAUACACAUCUUGGAAGUAAAGAAGAAAUGCUUGUCAACUUUUAAUCACUUGCAGAGAGUACAAGAUAUCAAAGAUAAGGGACGCAACUAUGAAGAAGAGCUUCUCGAAAAUGCUAAGUCGUUUAUUACUUCAGCCUAUGAUAUUGAAGAUACGGAAAAAAUGAAUGAAGCUUUCGACGAACAAUGGCAGAAGUGGAUUGAGAAAGUUCCACCUUGUCAAGAAAUAAAAAUUGAUAUAAACAAAGAAAUUGUAGAUUAUCUUUCCACGAAAAUUCCUGUCCUAAGUCAAGAAAUCAGAGAAAAAAUAGAUAAACAAGGUGAUAUUAUAUCAAAUUAUCUGGACAGCGAAGGCGAUAUUGUUGUUGAUGACCUUACUUUUGAGAUUAAAUGGAUGGGAUUUUUUAAAAUGGCUCCAUCACGGGUGCAGAAUGCAGAAAAAUUAAGACAUCUCCCUGACGCUAAACGUAUAAGGAAAACUUCGAUAACGAAAGCACUUCAUUUAGCGAGAAGUGCUUCUUCAGAACCGGGGAAUAGGUUUAAUUGUAAUUACAUCAUACAAAUGACCCAGAUUGUGAUUUCCACCAUUGAGGAAGCCACCAAGGAAUUCCCCUUCAAAUUCAAGAAUUCUUUGCAAUGUGAUACUUUGCUUCACACUUUCGCCAAGGCUUACCCAAUAUUUCACGAGAUGGAAGAACGCUUUUGCCAAGAACGAGACAUUAGAAGUCAGAUGGAGAAGGACCUGCGUCCAAGAUUGCAACAAUAUUUCCUUAAUGUUUGCAGGAAAAUGGGAAAGGAAAUGCUGGCAGCUACUUCGUUUGGCGACGUUCUUGAAAACUAA